UCGUAGUUUUUUCUUAAUUGUUCGCUAUAAAUAAUUGUUUGUUCUUUUGUUGUUUAUCUAAAAUCAAAUAAUUAAAAACAUACCCUUUAGUUAGCCCCCGCCCCCUGUUAAUGGGGGGAAACGCCUACUAUUUGGUUCUGGCACUCGCCGGUCGCUGCCGCGGCACGCUACGCUCGGCUCGUGCGUUGUUUUAACUGUUCUAACAUAACCUAACCUAACCAAUUUUAAUGAAAUGCAUUUUUUUUUAAAUAAAUAAAUCGAGAACAAACGGCGAACUAACGAUGUAAUAAAAAAAAAUUAAAAAACUGGGGGGCUAACUUUGAGCUCUAAGUUCCACCCCUGGUAAAAGUGUUCAGUGGAGUACCUACCGAGUAGUGUGCUGUGACUGCUGUGUGGACUGUGGACUGAUGGUCUUGUUAGUUUGUUACCAUUGGGCAUUGAUGCUCUUUUAAACCAAAAUUAAAAACUAACAGUAAACGUGACAAUUGACAAGAUAAUACAUUAAAGUAGAGAAGAAAAGAGCAACAGCAAUGUCUAAGAAAGAUUUUGAGAAAUAUGCAUACGAUACAUAUGAUCCAAUAAAAGUGGGUUCUAUUGAUGGGACUGACACAGAGCCUCAUGAUCAGGCCAUUGUACGAGCAAUAUGUUCAGAAUAUAUUCCAAACAAAUUGGUUAUAGGAAAACCUGAACUAACAAUAUUUAUAGCACGUUUGAAUCCAAGAACAUUGCAGGAAACUAUAGAAUCAGAGUUUUCUAAAUUUGGAAAGAUUGUGAGAUGCCGUCUUGUUAAGGAUAUUGUAACAGGAAAGUCAAAAAAAUAUGCAUUUAUAGAGUUUGAGAGUAUGUCAAGUGUGGAGAGUGCCUUAAAGGAGAUGCACUAUGAGUAUAUAGAUGGAGCUGAAAUUGUUGUUGAGAGAGAAGCUGAGAGACGAUUGUGGGGCUGGAAACCUAGAAGGCUGGGAGGAGGUUUUGGUGGACGCAAGGAAUCUGGUCAAUUAAGAUUUGGAUGCAGAGACAGACCUUUCAGGAAACCCUAUAAUAUAGAACAGGGGCAUGGAUUGUUCAAACAAUGA